AUGGGGUCUUUGAAAUCCCUACAAGAAUGGUGUCGCUUGACAUGCAAAGAUUACCCAAAUGUCGAAAUACGAAACAUGACAACUUCCUUCAGAGAUGGACUCGCUUUCUGUGCUAUUAUCCACAAACACCGACCCGAUUUGAUAGAUUUCCACUCCCUCUCCAAAGACAAUGUUUAUGAAAACAAUUGCCUGGCAUUUGAGGUGGCAGAGUCCCAGUUGGGGAUUCCUGCCCUGCUGGACGCUGAGGAUAUGCUGUCCACAGAGGGGCCUGAUCGACUGGGUGUCAUCACUUACCUCUCCCAGUACUACAGCUACUUCACCAGGAAAUCUCACGGACCUGCUUCCAGCCUGAAGACACCAGUGCUCUCUGAGUUUACUGCUGACAGUCAGUCACGUGAACCCAAACAACACAAGCUGUUGUCAGCUGAGCGUCCGUCUGUGGCUGAGAGUGAGAAUAAAGAUGGGAGACUGAGCAGUAGCUGCAGAGUGUGCCAGAAACGUGUCCACCUGGUGCAGAGAGUCCUGGUGCAGGGCAAACUCUAUCACCGCACCUGCUUCAGAUGUAGUCAGUGCAGUUGCAUGCUCUUGCCUGGAUCAUACAGAGAAGUCAGUGAAACUGGUUCCCUAGUCUGUGCCCUUCCUUGCUCACCAAGCCAAAGUGGACCCCAUGGGCUGUGCAGGUCCACCAGAUUCAAUGAGGGCCUGGAACAAGACCCAGAGCAGGAAGUGAUACCACCUGAGAACGGCCAAUCAAAUCAGCCAAACCAAGAACUCUCUGGAAGAACAGACUUAGGAGAACUGCCUCAUGGGACAGAGAAGAGUGAAGACCAGACUCAUUGUCCUUCUUGUAAUGAUGGAGGGAUUUCAGAGGAAGUAAAGACAGGGGAAAAGGGAGAAGGUAUCUCCUCCCAGCAGGGAGGAGGUAAAACUCAAGAGACUGGGCCCCGUCCCUCCCCCUCCAGAGAUCUGACGACCCCUGAGCAGCCAGUUCCUCCACCAAGACGUCGAGUGGAUCCUCCCCAACCUGCUCCCAGAACCAGAAGUUCUAGAGGAGGAGGCAGAGCCACAAACAGUGUGUCCACUGAGUUCUCUAAACCCCUCAGCCCACCGUGGAUGGAGCUGAUCCAACCAGGCCCCUGGGCCAAACUGCCCCCUGCGCCGGCCCCUACCCCUCCACCCCGAUCCUGCUCCAUCCCCACCCUCAGCGAGGUCUGGCUAAAGCGCUGGGCCUCCCCCUUCAACCCGUUUGACGAAGACGCAGCGGAAGGGGCUGAAGGCGCAAAGGAUGAUGGGACUUUCAGGGCUGUUUUGGAAAGAGAUGAGAGCCAGACCCAGCUGACCAUGGUUGCCAGCCAAUCAUGGUGUGGCCCCACUCAGCUAACGGAGGCUGCAGCAACCAAUGGAGUCUCAGUGUCAGAUCUGACAAAUGUAGCCGUUAGCAGUAAAGCAAAUGAUUCUAAUGAUGGCAAAUCAGAUACUUCAGUCCAUAAAUCAGUCCUGGCUAAAGCUGACAGCACAGUUCAUUUAUCAACAGAUGACAUUUCCCUUGAUGAGAGCAGUGCAAGUGUAGCACUUGAUUUAGCUAAAGCAGAAAGUUCACACUGUGUUUCUGGUUUAGCUGAGGCUACCGGUGUGGCUAUUUUAGCAGACAGAGAUGAGUCGAGUUUAGCUGAGACUGCCAGUUCUCCCGGUGUGUCAGAUUUAGCUGAGGCAGGCAGCGUGUCAGGGGUAUCCGGUUUAGACAGACCUGCCAGCGCAGGGCAGUCUGACAGUUUGGGGAGUUUAUGUGACUCACUCUCUGAAGCCAGUCUGUGCUCAGAAACAAACCUUGCUCUGGAACGUUCACUCCCCCUGAGCAUCUCUGAACCUGCCAUUUCAUCUGCCAAUCAUCAGUUCAAACUCACCGAUAAUCCCUCCCCAUCAAAUCUGUCAGCCAAUCAAGAGGAACCAGACAGUUCCUGCUUUCAAAGACCUGCUUCACUGCUCAAAGACAAUGAACUUUCAUCAUCAGUUGGUCCCGUCUUAACAAAGCGGACGUGUAAAGAGAAUCCAUUUAAUCGCAAAGCUUCUCUAACUGAACUCCCCAAAUCCAGUCCUACAUCAGCACCCAGCAACACCAGGGCUCCCGCCCCAGGCCACGGGUUCCCACUCAUCAAGAGGAAGGUGCAGUCAGACCAGUAUGUGGCAGCAGAGGAGCUGCAGGAGGAGUUGGGAGAACUGGAGAACAAACUGGUCAAACUGGAGCUGAGAGGAGUGGAGAUGGAGAAAAAUCUUAGGAUCUGUCAUAAUGAUAAAGAAGAGGAUGAUUUGCUGGUGGACUGGUUUACAUUAAUCCAUGAGAAACACAUGCUGGUCCGCAGAGAUGCUGAACUGGUUUAUCUGGCGAAGCAGCAGAACUUGGAGGAGAGGCAGGCUGAUGUGGAGUAUGAACUGAGGUGCCUUCUGAACAAACCUGAGAGGGAAUGGAGUACAGAUGACAACCUGAGAGAGAAGCAGCUGAUGGAAGAGCUGGUCAGCAUCAUCGAACAGAGGAACUGCAUCAUCAACAGCAUGGACCAGGACAGACAGAGGGAGCAGGAGGAGGACAUGCUGUUGGCUGCCGUGAUUCAGAGGAGAGACUUCCAGAAGCAGGCGGAGAGAGGGUCGGGGAGAGAGGGGGGGAGGGGGAGGUUCAGGCCUCUGAGAGUGUUGAGGAUGCUGGGUCACAGGACGGGCAAUGCUAAAGGAAAGAAUAAGAGUUCCCACGUGAAGAAGAGCUGAAAGAGAGAGAGAGACAGAGAGAGAGAUGGAUGGAUGGACAGAGCGAGUUGAAGGAUAAAUGCAUGAUUGAUGAAAAAAUUAAUUCUCUGUGACAAUGAUGCGGAAGCGAGAUGAUCUGAGAAGGAAUCUGGGGAAUCUGUUUAGGAAAAGUUGGAACGUCACCAAAGCACGACUUCACAUGCUGAACACCGUUACAAGACAGAAUGGGAUUUAUGAACCACAUAUUCACUAUGUCAAAACUGCCAAUAUUUAAUACGCAUUAGUUAGGACAAGACUAAACCCACAUAGUUGAUU